AUGAGACCUGCAUGUGCAUAUCCUCCUAUUCUUCAAACUAAUAUUGUAAAUGGACCAGAUUUGUACAGAGAACGUGAUGCAUUUAGCUAUGGUGUUGCAAACAGUCAACCAUUACCUGUACAACCAAUGAGUUUUAACCAGGCUAUCUAUCAUGGUUCAGUUUCCGCUCCUGGAUUCAGUUGUCCAAGCACAACAAUGAGCCCACAGCCUCAAAUGGCAACACACCAAUCUAAUUUUCAAAUGCAACAAUAUCCUCAAAUCCAGCAAUCUUAUGGUGAUGUUAUGAUAAACUCUCAAGUGUCCUCAUUUCAACAGCAACAGUAUCCAAGUACGGUUUUAAAUCCCAACCUAGAUAAAGUAGCUUCUCAACAGUUAUCUACAUCUGAAUCACCUCCCAGUUUGAAUUAUAUUAGAAAUCCUAAUGCAAAUGGUGCUUUACCACAUUCUCAAGUAAUGUCUAACGCAACUAUCUCCUCAUAUGGUUUGCCUUCGGCUCCGAAUUGUAGCACAAUAGCAUCACAUCAGUCAAGAACAUCUAUUAUUUCUAUGGGGACUCAGAAUAUUGUCAACAGAAAUAUUCCUCAAUUACAACAAAUUUCUUGUCGAUCAUCUACCACCAGGGCUGUAUCCUCUGAAUCAGCUUCUUUCCAAUCAUCUCCAAUGUAUCUUCCGUAUUCUUCUGAAUGUUCAGUCUCGCAACCAGCAGCUGGAAUUGCUGUUCCUUACUCUGUAGCGAUGUCGACGUGCAACACAAUACCUCAGGUGAUUAGCAACACUAUGGUGCCAGGCUCAGUCUGUGGUCCUGGGCAAUCAUCCAGGCCACCUGCUGGUUGCCGGACCCAAGUCUCUUCCAAUCCUCCAACUUCUACACCUGUAAUACAGCAACAACAAAUGUAUAGCUCUCAACAAUCACGUCCUUUGAACAAUUCGAGUGUUUACUCAGCUUCAGGUUAUGGUAAUCAACAGUUCACACAAACGUCACCAGCUUUCCGACCAAGUCCAAAUGCCAUGAGCUCCCAAACAACAGCAUCUGUAGUAACGCGCUCGACUACUCCCAGAGACGCUCAGGGCAACAGCUGUCUUACUAUGCAUCAUACGUUACAGCAACAGCCCCCCCAGCAGCUAUCAGUCUCCCUAUGUUCUUCAAAUCCUUCACCAAUCGUUGGACUAGGAUCUUUGCAAUCUGGUGUUAGGUCGGUUGGUAGUUGUAAUGUCAAUAGUGGUACUACUUCAAUGUACAAUCAUUCAUGUCCUCCUACAGGAAAUUCUGUGCCAUCUGCAAUUGGCAGUAACCAAACGGUCGUACCCAAUCCUUCAACUCCUCCAUGUUUAAUGCCAGGUGGAAAUUCAAGGGUCAUAGGGUCUCAUGUUAAUUCAGGUGUUGGUGAUCUCUGCUACUUACCACCACCUAGUCGACCUAUCUCUUCCGGCAGUCGUGAAGUUGUCAUGUCUGCCGUAUCAAUAGGUAGUAAUGGUGGUGGUGGUGUUGGUCCAUCAUCAGCAUCAUCAUGUAAUGAAAUGAUGUUAAAUUCAAAUUUUCACACUUCGUCUGGCUUAAAUCCAUCUACAUCGACAUCAUUCAGUGGGAAUAACUCUCAGAUCCCUUUGCUUCAAAAUGAUUUUGAUGGGUCUGUCCCAAAUAGUUCCCCAUUAAUGAUGAUGACUAUGCCUGUUUCUUCUCCGAUUCCCGGUAAUCUCAUUAAUGGUCCAAUUCAUGCCAAUGUAAUGAAUAUGGCUAUAGUCAGUUCAACCCCAGCUCCACCACCAUAUCAUCAACCUACUUCUAUGAUGCCUUGUCGAUCAGUGGGUCCGUCGUUUUUCAGUCCCACUUCUAUAUCAAUGCCUCCUACCACAGUAACUUCCUCUGUCCAUUUAAAUUCAAUCCCUACUUUUUCAACUGUGCCAGAUCCCGGCAGUGUAAAUAAUUGUGAUCGUGGUAUGUAUGGAAUUCUUGGCGAAAAUAUAAUCGGCUCUUCUGUGAGCAGUAAGCAAACAUCCGGCGCAAACAAAACUCGACCCAAAAGGGUUCGAGGCAGUAAGACUUCAUCCGGAGUAGGUCGAGGAAGUCGCGUUAAUUCCAAGAAGAAUUUAGCAUCCAGCACAAUACCCUCUGUAUCUUCCUCUGAACCGUUUUCUCCUAGUCAAAGACCGAUUAACCAACCAUCAAAGAAACUCCAGUCGUGGAAUACCGGGUCCUCUGCAAAUGUAAAUUUCAAUUCCACUAUGAUAUUACCUACUCAGUCGAUGGGGAUUCCCAUGGCAAAUUCUGGAUUUAUUGGUAGUAUGGAUAGUCGAGAAUCUCCGGUUGCUUUUGCCACACAGUUAAAUAAUGGUAGUAUGAGGCCUAAUUCAGGUCCUCCAGUUAAUAAUAAUUUAAGCAUAUCUACAACUGGAAUGGCGUAUAAUGAAUCAUCAAACAGUUUAGAUGCUCAAUCCAAUCACAAUAUGCGUUUACCAGUUUCUCCUCGGCAGUCCUAUUGUUCCAGUCAAACGCCUAUGCAACAGCAACAGUAUUCAGUUCCUAAUACAUCAAGUAACUGUACGUCGUAUCCUUCGGGUCAUGGCAAUAAUUCAUUUUACAAUCAAACUAAUCAGCAUGUUUCUAAUAUCAAUAUGAAUACACCACAACAAACACUUACAACGAUCAACAGUCAAAUGUGUUAUCCGAAUAAUAGUGCGUCACUGAAUAAUAGUAAUAAUAAUGCUCAGCAUACUCCACCAAAUGUGCAUUAUCAGUCACAUACAAUGCAACCUAAUUCACAUAUACAAACUAUUUCAUCUCCAAUGACUUCAAAUUGUAAUCGAAUUUCUGCACAAUCGAACUCUAAUUCUCAAAAUUAUCUUCCACCUGCUUCUCUACCGCCACCUCCCAGUAGUAAUAGUAGUAUUGCUACCACUACUACGACUACUGCAGUUGGUUCUGCGUCGUAUACGUAUACUGAUCGCUUAGUAUGUCCAAUCACUAACGGUAUGGUAUGGGGUCCGACUCAAAUACAAUUAAAUGAUAUCAUGCAUCAGUAUCUUCCUGAAGGGAUAUAUAUACGUCGUUUCGAAUUUGAUUUGACUGCAAAUCAUCUAAGUACAAUCGUUGGACGUAGUGAUUUAGAUAUUGUAGUCUGUAGUCACCUUUUAUCAGAACCAUUACAACUUUUACGUCUUGAUCGUAGUUCUGUGAACGGUGGUCAACCUGCGCAUAAAGUAGCCUGCGUUAAACAACUUUGUCGACCAGGUCGUAAUCAACUGGAGAUAGCUAUACUGGGUCUUGGUGAAGAUCCUAAUCAACCAUCUACCAUGGCUAAACGUCGAGCCACCGCUCAAACACUCGAGGCUCAUCGGUUCGCAGCCUUUAUGGCACAUAUGCCAGCUCUUAACGUCCUACUUGAUGGACUUCAACGACGACGACCUGCUGGCAUAAAUACUCUUUGUGACAUUAUUGAAGGUCGUAUCGGUACACGGAACUUGAAUGAAGAUGGAAGUAUAACUCGGAAUAUAUCUGGACCUCCUCAAACACCUGUUAUUGCUGAAUUAAAUUUAAUAUGUCCAGUGUUCCGUACAAGAAUGCGUAUACCUGGUCGUAUUGCCGGUUGUCAACACGUAGAAGCAUUUGAUAUGGAAGCUUUUCUACGUAGAGAAGUUCUUUGGCCUAGGCUGAAUUGUCCAAUUUGUGGGUAA